UAAGCAUCUGUGAAGGGCUGGUCCUAUGAUGAGUAAGAACAUCUGCUAUGAACUUCUUUAAUUUAGAAAGUCAAACAUAAUUCAAAUAAAGUGAGUUAAUAUGUAAUUGUGGUGUACAACAGGUGCUGACACUGCAUUACAGGAAUAGCUAGGCUCCUGUGGCAGGCAGGAAAAGCUGGUGGAGAUCCAUGACAAAAAAAAUGUGACAUUUCUUUCACUUCUAAUAUGAAAUUUGGCAUCACCCAGCUCUUCACAUCUUAAUAAUAUCAGCAGCGUACAAGGUGUAAUUUGUCCCGUAUAAUGCUGAACACUAGAUUUUUCUACUCGGGCAUCAGGAGCUGGACUAGUUAGUCCCCACUGCAGCACAGUGCAAGUGGAGAAGACAGGGCCCUUUGCAGGUGCUCUGGUCCAUGUGGAGGCAAGGUCAGUCAGCACAGCCAUGCCACCGAGGUGUGGAGCCCGAAUGUGCUGGCGAGAUGCUUUGCCUUAAGCUCGGUCGCAAGCCACCGCCAGGAAGAUCAUUAGAAAGAGUACAUUACCGUGGCUGGAAAUCUUACAGGGUGACAGACAGCAGCCCCCUGCGGCACCUCCGCAAGCCGGAGCCCGGGCGCAGGGCUGGGCGGACCGGCGGGCGGGCGGGCUCUGCUCGUCGCUCUCCGCAGCUCCGGGAGCGGGCUGAGCACUGGUCCCUCCUCAUCCUUCCUUCCCCCUCUCACCCUCCCUUGAGGGCCUCCUGACAGGCUCCACUUACUUUUGCGCCGCGUUUUCCUGAUCGCCGCGAAGCUUCUUCUCUCUGGCCGGGCAGUACCGAUCUCUCCCCCCCCAGCCGAGGUUAAUUAUCUGCUUGCAAUCAACCUGUGACCUCCCACGCCCCCGGAGCGCGGGGCAGAGCCGCAGCGUUACAGGGCAGUGGGAGCGAGAGGGCAGCAGUGCCGAGCCGGCUGCUGGCCGCGGCAGACCCCUAGCCGUACCUGCCAUGGGCAGCCUCCGCCUCCUCGUCGCAGCCCUCGCUGCCUUCCUGCUGCCCCCCGCCGCCCUCUCGGCCCACCGCAAGCUUUUGGUGUUCUUGCUCGAUGGUUUUCGCUUCGAUUACAUCGACGACAGCGAGCUAGAGGGUCUGCCGGGUUUUCGGCACAUUGUGAACAUAGGGGUGAAGGUGGAUUACAUGACCCCAGACUUCCCCAGCCUCUCCUACCCGAACUACUACACGCUGAUGACGGGUCGCCACUGUGAGGUCCAUCAGAUGAUUGGAAACUACAUGUGGGAUGAAAAGACAAAUGUAUCUUUUGAUAUUGGAGUGAAUAAGGAAAGCCUGCUGCCUCUCUGGUGGAAUGGAUCAGAGCCUUUGUGGGUUACAAUGACCAAAAUGAAAAAGAAUGUUUCCAUGUACUACUGGCCAGGUUGUGAGGUCGAAAUUCUUGGCGUCAGACCAAGUUACUGCCGUGAGUACUUCAGCGUCCCGACAGACAAACACUUUGCGGAUGCCAUCAACGAUGCUCUUGAGUCUUUGGGCAACGGCAGCGCCGAGAUGGCCGCAGUGUACUACGAGCGCAUUGACGUGGAAGGGCACCACUACGGCCCUUCGUCCCAGCAGCGGAAGAACGCUCUGAAGGAGGUGGACAAGGCCUUGAGCAAAAUGAUUACGCUCAUCAAGAACAAGGGCCUUCAGGAUGAUCUCAACGUCCUCCUCUUCUCUGACCAUGGGAUGACAGACAUUUCUUGGGAGAACAAAGUGAUUGAGCUCAAAAAAUACAUCAAUAUGAGUGAUACCAUACAAAUGAAGGAUAGAGGUCCUGUUGUCAGCCUCUGGCCAGCUCCAGAGAAGCAUGCAGAGAUAUAUAGAAAACUGAAAGCUGUGGAACACAUGCAUGUUUACAACACACAGGAUAUUCCAGACAGGUUUUUCUACAAAAAAGGAAAAUUUGUGUCUCCACUAACUCUUGUGGCUGAGAAAGGAUGGUUCAUAGUAGAGAGCAAGGACAAGCUGCCCUUCUGGGAGAACGGGACGGGGUGGAAGGAGGCCUGGCAGAAUGGCUGGCAUGGCUAUGACAACGAACUCAUGGACAUGAGAGGCUUCUUCCUUGCAUACGGGCCAGAUUUCCGAUCCAACUUCCGAGCGCCUCCCAUCAGAUCCGUGGAUGUUUACAACAUCAUGUGCAGCCUGGCAGGAGUACAGCCGCUGCCCAACAAUGGCUCCUGGUCCAGGGUGGAGUGCAUGCUCCGAAACACAGCUCCCUUGGCACCGCUCCUCACACGCAGCAGCUGUGCCCUGGUGCUAGCUCUGCUCUCCCUCUUCACUGAGCAGAUCUCCUUACUGUGAUCCCGAACAAUGUCAGUCAGUGUCACCAGCAGCUCCAUCCUGCUCCUUUUUUGUUUGUUUGUUUUUUAAUUCUUCAUUUGAAUAAUAGUAUCAUUAAUAGAAGCACUCCACCCCCACUCCUCCAUCGUGCUCCACCAGGCGUCAAUCUGACCCAUCUUGCAAUAUGAAGCCAAGUUUUGUGCUGCUCCAGGCAUGGCCAAGAAAGUCACUUUCCUACUCUAGAUUUACAGCACUGGCAAUGAGAGCAGAAUCCUGGCCAGCAACCCGCAAUGGUUUUUGGUUGGUGGACUUGGAGAUCUCUGAGCAUCAUAUGCAUCUUACUCUGGCACCUUUAACUGAGAGGCUUAUGCUGGCUCCCAGCGCUGAGAAGCUCAGAGCUGCAGACAGACUUCUCUGCAUUUAACUGGGUUCUUCUUGAUUCAUGCCUUCAUCUGCAACUCCAGCAGCAGCAGAGCCCCACCUUCUCCUUACAGGUCCAGCCAAGUCCCAUUCUUCAAAGAGCUGAGUCCUUAACUGAGUAAUUGUGACACCGAGAGAGUGGACCAGCGAGAGACCAGUAAGAGCAUCCUACUUCUCUCUGCCUUUCUUUCUUUGUCUAGCCUUGCAGGCCUCCAGGACCAGGAUUUCCUCAUGGACCAUGGCCGUGCAGGGAGGGCUGAGAAAGGGGAGAUCGACAGAAAUCCUCCACUUCAAAACUAGGAGAAAAGUGAAAAGGCAUCUGGACAGGAGAAAGUAGGAUGAGGAAGCUUGGCAUUUAACAGCCUCUCUGCUUUUCCUGAUAAUAUCAUCUGCCCAGGUUUGGAGUUUUUGCACACAUUUGUAUUUCUAAAGGGUUUUCAGCACUUACUGCUGUUCCACCUGCUCUUGCUCUCUACAUCUCUGCCCAGUGAGCAGCACAUUCCCCUUUAUCCUGCAACAGGGAGAGAGAACUACACUGAUAGAUCUCCCAUCCUCGUGGCUAGUCCUUGCUAAUAUUUCCACCACAGACUAUCAAGACGAAACAAAAUGGUACAGAGCUGUAGUCAGAGGUGCCUUUGAGGGUGCUCAGUUUUUUUUCUGAUAUACCUCUGAGCUAGGAGUUCUCAGUGACAAACUGCCUUUGGAAGGACUUAAGUCCCUCCCCAUGCAAAAUAAACCUCUAAGACUUUGUAUUCAUGUGGAUCCAAAGCCAUGCACGAUCCAGGUAUGUGCAGUACAGUGCAUUUAACAGUGAAUGAUUACACUGUGGUAGAAAACCCAAACAAAUGCCAAAUUAAACUUGACAACAGACUUCUGUAAUAGCAGUAAAGAUUUAUGUAAUGUGUUUUUAAAGCUCGAGUGAACCAUCAAAUCAAUUGGGGAAAAAAAGGGAGAAAGUCAGUCUUUGUUAUUAGACUGUUGAGUAUAAAAGGCAAUUUAGUGCUUUCGAAGCAUUUGCAGUAGCUGUAAAACAAGCACCUAUUGUUCAGAGUUCCCUGUAGCUCUUUAAUGGACCAGGCUCAAUGAAUUCACUGAAGCACAUUUUUAAAGCAAAGAAUUUAUCACUAUACAAGAUAACCAAAUUAUUACAUUACCAAGUUUGGGUUGGAAAUCAACACGAUAGAUACAGUUAAGUGCCUGUUAAACCCUCCACAGCCUGCUGGUUUAACUCUUCAAGUGAACAUAGCCAAAGGUCCUCUUACAGGAGAAAAGAUUCUAGAAGUAUAAAGGUGUAUUCACAUUCUCAGUUAUAGAAGCAGGUCCACUGAGUUGUUCCAGGGAUGGAACUAGCAGUGAUGCUUGUAUAUACUUUGUGUAAUUCUUUUACAUCAGCAUCCACAUGCAAGUACUGCAGAAGAUAUCUUCUAAUCGCAGUAUGGUGUUUCACCUUAAUAGGAGCAUUGUGUGUAUCAGUAAUACACUUCAAGAUAUUCUUGAUCUGUAAAAGGGAAAUUGGACAGUGGACAUCCAGGAAGCUCAUUAGCUUUAGGAGAGCUACAGCUGAUUUUUAUUUCUUUUGGAAGUGCGUCUUUCUUCCUCAGAAAUAUUGUACCUCUGAAUCAGUUCACAUCUCAUUCAAAAAUCAAGUGCCUUGACUCUUGCCUUCUUUCCCCUGUAUACUAUGCAAUGGAGGUGGGUGUAUUUAAAAGCCUAUUUCUGAACGAUGUUUUUAUACAAUGACUGAUUGUGAGCGAGUGAAUUAUUCUAAGAAUGUGUUGGGGGGGAAAAAGUAAAUCUUUUUGUAAAUACUGUAAGAUUUUUUUACAGAAGCCCAACCCACCACCUCUGUAACACCUUGCCUUUCUUGUUGGAUUGUUGCGUCACAGUGUGAUAAACAGUGUUUGAAGCUUGUACUGAUUAGUCGUCAGAGAGAUGAAUGAUAACAUUGUUUAGAAAGGGCAAAGCUGUCAGCAUGUGAAUUAAGGACACUAAAUACUUCACUAGAGAUGCUGUA